GGUAAGUCUUUGAGUUUAGACGCCUGUCUCCGAGAGCUGCUGGUUCUUUCUGUACAUAAAAGUUCCACAAAGGCCUCAGAGCACUUGACCAUAGGCGAAGACCCAUUCCUAAAUGGUCUCUGGCAAAGACGAGUUACAAUGAUGCUGAUAACUGAAGUAUGCACUGUUGUUCUGCUUUUGCAAAUUCUAGGUGGAGACAGCUUGAAGGUACCCGAGAAUGACACCUGUAGCUUUGCCAUCGAUUACGAGAAUGACCAAUUCUUGAAGGAUGGAAAACCGUUCAGAUACAUCUCUGGGUCGAUGCAUUACUUCCGCACGGUGCCGUCCGAAUGGCGGGACCGCCUGAGGAAGUUACGAAUGGCUGGUUUCAAUGCAGUUCAGACGUACAUUGAGUGGGCAAGCCACGAGCCUGAGCCAGAUGUUUAUGAUUUCCACGGCAUUUUGGACCUAGAAACGUUCAUCAGAACUGCCCAGGAAGAAGAUCUCCUCGUGAUUCUGCGUCCGGGACCUUUUAUAGAUGCUGAAAGGGAUAUGGGAGGACUACCUUACUGGCUGCUGAGGAAGAAUAAAGACAUGAAGCUACGAAGCAGUGACCCAACCUAUGUAAAGGAAGUGGACGACUGGUAUGUCAAUGCGCUGUUUCCUAAGAUCAAACCAUUGUUAUAUGCUAAUGGAGGACCAGUCAUUAUGAUCCAGGUAGAAAACGAGUACGGGAGCUACUCUGCCUGCGAUUACGCUUAUACAACCCAUCUGCGAUCUCUGUACAAGGAAGCUUUUGGCGAUUCGGUUGUGCUCUUCACCACAGAUGGAGCCGGGACCGGUUAUCUGAAAUGUGGCAAAAUCCAGGACGUCUACUCCACCGUGGAUUUUGGAGCUGGUGGAGAUGCGAGCAGCUCAUUCGAGCCAAUGAGACUGUUUGAACCCAGAGGACCACUGGUGAACUCCGAGUUUUAUCCCGGAUGGCUCGACCACUGGGGUGAACCUCACAGUCAAGUAGAUUCCCAGAGUGUUGCCAAGUCUCUUGAUGACAUAUUGAAGCUAAACGCCUCAGUCAACAUGUACAUGUUCCACGGAGGCACUUCAUUUGGAUUUGGAGCAGGUGCCAACUUAGGAUCGAGCUAUCAAGCUUGUCCAACAUCUUACGACUAUGAUGCUCCCUUGUCAGAAGCCGGGGACCCGACGGAGAAAUAUUGGGUGUUGAGAAACAUCACUCAGAAGUACCUGCCGCUUCCUGCUGGGGAUGUGCCACCUCCCUCCCCUAAAUAUAGCUAUGGAAAGGUGAACAUGACAAUCUUAGGUAGCAUACUCCAGCUGGGGAACCUUCUCAAUGCAGUUAAUGCGACUUAUCCUCUCACCUUCGAGGACUUAUACGUGUCCAAUGGAAUUGUUGUCUAUCAAACUACCAUCCCAUUUAGAACAUCGAAUCCAGCCAAGGUCAGCAUCACUGAUGUACAUGAUCGUGCUUACAUCUUUGUUGAUCAACAAUAUGUUGGAGUUGUAUCUCGGGAGGAAAGCAUCUAUGACCUGCCCUUGCAAUCGCUUCCCAACCAGACAUUGACGAUAGUGGCAGAGAGUCAAGGACGUAUCUGCUAUGGGUCGCAAAUCAAUGAUUUUAAGGGGUUAACAAGAAAUGUCACCUUAAGUGGCCAAAUACUGGAAAACUGGAAAAUGGUUCCCCUGCCCUUGACGAACAUUACAGCCUUUACAAUGGCGAGAAGUCAUCUCGAAUACAAGAUAGCAACGAUGAACAGCGACCAUAAUUCUCUGCAAGGGACGCCUACGGGAGGAAUGUCAUUCUAUAAGGGAACCUUUAAGAUCCCCAGUGCACCUGAUCACCCCCAGGAUACAUUCCUUCGCCUGGAUGGAUGGAUGAAGGGUGUCGCUUGGGUAAAUGACUUCAACCUAGGUCGCUACUGGCCUGAAGUUGGUCCACAGGUAACUUUGUACGUUCCGCGGGCGAUUCUGAAGCAAGGAAGUAACUCCAUAUAUUUGCUUGAGCAGGAAGCCUCGCCUUGUGCAGUACAGUCUUCUUGUUAUGUAUCUCUGCAAAACACUCAUGAAAUUGCAGGACCAACUCCAGACCACUAAGGAAAGAUGCUUCUCCCUCAUCUUGAUGUCUCUUGCUUCUGUUCUCUUCUGAAGUCCUCCUUCACUCUUGGUUUCCCAACAGAGGAGUCCCUACUUGUAUUCUUUCCUCUUAUCCUUGUUGAUGCAAUUGUUUUGCUUGGGUAAACAGCCAGUUUGAGUGGAGGGUUCUCAGACAUUCUAACAGCAAUUCAAAUCAUAAUACAUAAUCAAUAUCUGCAGUC